CUCUAACAGUGCUUCCCACUUCUCUGAAUCUUCUGGCUUUCGACGAGCUUGGUCUGAUGGUAACUUGGAAGGCUUAAGUUAUAGUGUUUCUUAUUGUGACAUAGAAGACUUCGGCAAUUCAAGUAAACCAAGAGAGUUUUUUCAUAAACAUAGCAAAUUAACUGGGACCACCAUGUUACAGACAUCACCAUCUUUCUCGAUAUUUACUUCAACUGAUGAGUUUCAAGAUGGAGAGCAUAAUAAUAGGCUGCAAGAUCCUAUCAAAGAAGAACAGGAGAGAACUGUUACAAUAGGAGAGAGCAUAGAAGCUAUGGGUAGUGGUGAAUUCAGUUUUGGUAAUAAGAAGAGUAUAGGGUUGAUUGAGGAGGGGAAGGAGGAUGAGGAGGAAGAAGUUUUAAACGGGAUUCAGAAUCUGAGUGUUGAAGUAGGAAAUGAACCUGUUAGUCCUCCCAUGUAUCUUGCUGCUGGGCUUGGUAUUGACAGUUUUAGUAUUGGUGGUGGUGAGCUUGAUGGGGACUUUUUAUCUCCUGCGAACUUUGAUGAUAGCAGUGAUGUUGAAGAGUAUUAUAGGAAGAUGGUUGAUCAGUAUCCUUGCCACCCUUUGUUUCUGAGAAACUAUGCUCAGGUUUUGCAGUCUAAGGGAGAUCUUCAAGGAGCGGUGGAAUACUAUUCUCGUGCUACACUAGCAGAUCCUGAAGAUGGUGAAAUUUUGGUUCAGUAUGCUAAAUUUGUGUGGGAAAACCUUAAUGACCAAGAUCGAGCCUUGAGCUACUUUGAACGUGCUGCUCAAGCUGCUCCUCAAGAUAGCCAUGUUCUCGCAGCAUAUGCUAGUUUCCUCUGGGAAAUAGGGGGUGACGGGGAAGAGGAUGAAGCACGUCAAGAUCACAUUCAGAUUGAAGAGGAAGAACGUAAGAAAGAAAUUGAAAUCUCAACAUCCAAAGAAGAAAUUGGACUAGUUAGUCCAUCCCUACACCUUGCAGCAGCACUUGGGAUUGAUGUUGCUGAUUCUACUGCAGAUGAAUCCAGCAAAGUUGGCAAUGUUGAGGAGUAUUAUAAAAAGAUGAUUGAUGAGAGCCCUAACAACCCCUUGUUUCUAAGAAAUUAUGCUCAAUUCCUGUGUCAGUCCAAGGAAGACCUCCCAGCAGCAGAGGAAUUUUACAUGCGUGCUAUACUAGCUGAUCCUAGGGAUGGUGAAAUCAUUUCUCAGUAUGCUAAAUUGGUGUGGGAACUUCAUCAUGAUAGAAAUAAAGCAUUGUGCUACUUUGAGAGAGCAGUUGAGGCUACUCCUGGAGAUAGUCAUGUUCUUGCAGCAUAUGCUAGUUUCCUGUGGGAGACGGAAGAUGAGGAAGAAGGUAACUCAAUGCAAGACUGCAUGCAGAUACCUCUUCUCCAUGAACAAGUUAUGAAUGCUGCAAUUGCUUAACUGUUUUGCAGAUAUAGACCAGUUGUC